AUGACAUUCAAAUCACCUGGCAAGCCUCUUCCACUGUACGCAUUGCGAUUCGACAUCAAACCACAGCCAACGCCGACAGUAAUUUCGACGGCUACCAACCGGCAUCAUCAAGCGAUAAGCUCACUACGAUCAGUCAUGCUUCGAUUGGUACACUUAGCGCUCGACGUACAGGCCAUCAAGAGAAUAGACGCAAGCGUGAAGCUGCUCACCAAACGCCCGACCUUUGCCGACUAUGCGAAAGUGACGAAGGACCUUCACAGCACGAUCUCCUUGAAGACAAUCUCUCCGGACGUCAAAUUCAGAGGCUUCGUCGCGCUGAUGCAAGCUUCGGCACGGGGCAGAUACUGGUUCGCACCAUCACUCCAUGCUUUCCUGCCAGAGGAGGAGCAUGCGAGCUUGUACUGUCCACACGACCCUGAUCGCGCGUCCGCUCUUCGUGGCAUAGCCCACCAGCUACGUGACAUGGCAGUCAAGGGAGAGGAGGAAGAGGGCUACAACGAGCUCGCUCAUGAGAGUAUUGCCGUGACGAAGGCCGCCUCUAGAGACACUCCUCGCAUCGCGUGCAACGAGUUGGGAGCAUCAAUCAGAAAUAGUCCUCUCUGGAAUGCUAUCUACAAGGAAGCUGCAAUCGCAUACACUCCCCACCUGGUGGUCAAUGAGAACGGGGAUGUCGUGAUCGCGACAUAUGACGAGUGUGUUGGGGAGACUGAUGCUGUAGCAGACCAGGAGGAGGAGAAUGAAGACAGCGUCAAUGCUGAGCGGAAGUGA